CAAUGAGUCUUGGUCUUUUCUCCUGUAAUUGCGAAACUGUACGAUAACUGAAAAGUUUUUUUCAAUGAAAAUGAUACGCGUCUGGCAAUUUUCAUUAAAGACUUAAGAAAAAUUGAUAUUUAUUUCAGCUGGUAAUUAACGAUUAACCAGCUAUAAAUGUUCAUAAGAAAUCAAAGAUUACUUAAAUUGUAAAUAACAGAUCUUUCAAAGAAAAAUUUAUGAAACAAUCCGUUGAAUAGCAAAUCUAUAAUUCUUUAGGAUCAAAGAUUGAAAACGAUUUGCGAUUGUGAACAUCUUAGUAAGAAUUAAACGCCGAUUGACGAGUAAUCAGAGAUUCAUAAAACUAUGAUUAUCCAUUGAAUCUUGAUCGACUGUAAAUGCCGGUCUGUAAAAAGAUCUUUGCAAGAUUCUUCGUGACACGCGUUCAAUGGAAAGAUAUGUGAAGACACUUAACAGCACAUCACCAAUUAUAUCACAGAUUAUUCGUGGCACGAGUCGAGAAUUUUUAAUUGAAUAAAGCUCGAGUUAAAUCGAAUAAGUCUCGAUCCGUAGAGUGCUGACCUAAGCGAGUGAGUUUUUCGGGAUGAUCUUUGGUCGCAACUCUCGGACUCGUUCACGCAUGAUCACACGCGUCGUCGGGGAUCAUCAUGUCGAGCGCGAUUAAUCGCGAUAUGCGCUAAUCGUCAAUCGGCCCACGCGUGUGUCGCAGAUCUGUUAGCGCGAACAUUUGCGAGCGACUCGCGCUAGUCAUAGAAUUAUACUAGAUUGCUGACAGCUUAAGUAGACGGUGGAAUGAUCGCGGCGACUUGGAGAAAUCUUUCGAGAUCGAUAAAGGAUCAUGCGUGUUAGAUGUGCGAGUAUCGACGAGCCUGCGAGCUAAAAGGAUAAUCCGGGAUAGCCGAAGAAGAAGGAACAGAAAUAGGAAGUGCGAGCCUCCUUGCGCAGGAUGUUCGCAUCGUUGUUGCUGACGGCCUGGAUCGUCCUGACAUGCCGACUUGUCCAGGACGGGGUAGCGACGGGGCAACGUUACACUCCGAUUCCCACGCAAGAGCUGGACAACACUUUGCAAUCUGUGCCACCGCUCGGGCCGAACGUGUGCAGGUCGAGGUACAAAAACUAUUGUUGUCCAGGAUGGUCGAAGAAGCCGGAAACGGGCCUGUGCGUUAUUCCUGUUUGCGCAAGACGCUGUGGCUCCCUAGGAAAAUGUAUAAGACCCAAUAUUUGUUUAUGCGAGGGUGGUGUCGUCGCUUCAAGUUGUACGAACGGGCAAAGCAAAGUUAUCGUUUCCGAGACCGGAAAUGGCGCAAACGGCGACCGCGGUGAAAGCGGUAGAUGUAAAGUCCAUUGCAUAAAUGGAAACUGCGUUGAUGGCCGCUGCCAAUGUCGCAGCGGAUAUCAGGGAGAGUUCUGCAACGAACCUAUUUGCCGAGAGCCCUGUCUGAACCAAGGAAGAUGCAUCGGUCCAGAUCGUUGCGCCUGUAUUUAUGGCUACACCGGAAGACGCUGCGAGACCGAUUACAGAACCGGGCCCUGUUUCACGAAAGUGAAAAACGGUCAGUGCCUGGCUAGUCUUCAAGGCGUCGUCUGCACACGACAGUUGUGCUGCGCCACCGUUGGCAAGGGCUGGGGUCAUCCUUGCGAGAAGUGCCCUGCCAGAUUAGACUGCGAACUGGGUUAUCUGAAGACCAAUCAGGGCCAAUGCGUCGAUAUCAACGAGUGCGAAGCGAUCCCCGGACUCUGUCAAGGCGGAAAGUGCCUGAAUACUCCCGGUUCGUUCACUUGCGAAUGUCCUGUGGGACAAGCGAGGGAUCCCGACACCAACGAAUGCAAGGACAGAGACGAGUGUCAGGAAGAAGGCAUCUGCGCCGACGGUCGUUGCAUAAACACAAACGGCGGUUAUUAUUGCCACUGCAAUCCCGGAUUUAUACAGAGCCAGGACCGCAAAUAUUGCAUCGAUGGCAGACAAGGGUUGUGUUACACAGCGGUGAAUCGCAACGGACAAUGCAGAAAUCGACUAGCGAUGAGACUAAGCAAGAAGGACUGUUGCUGCGGCAAGAACAUGGGUCGAGGAUGGGGCGACGAAUGCUUUAUCUGUCCUAAUCCAGGCAGUGACGAUUACAACAGGCUUUGCUCGCAACUGCAGUCGAUCACCGAGGUGAACGAGUGCGCGCUCCGGCCGGACAUCUGUGGCCACGGGAAGUGCAUCGACAUCAAGGAAGGAUACGAAUGCGAAUGCGAUCUGGGAUACGCGAGGAAGCCCGGCGGUAGGUGCGAGGACGUGGACGAGUGCCAGUUAGAUUACUGCCAGGGCGGAAUCUGUCGCAAUUUUCCCGGCAGCUUCGCCUGCGACUGCCCGCCCGGCUUCGUCGUUUCCGGCGAGGGCAGAUACUGCACCGAUCACGAUGAAUGCCAGGACACUGGCAUGUGCUCCAACGGACAUUGUAUCAACAUGAACGGGUCCUUCAAGUGCAAGUGUAACGACGGUUACACGCUGUCGCCGACUAGAAACACUUGUAUAGACAUCAACGAGUGUUUGGAAAAUCCGAGAAUUUGCCUAAACGGUCGCUGCGAAAACACGCCGGGAUCCUAUCAUUGCAUCUGUCAAUCAGGCUUCACUCCUUCAAGGGACAAUACCUUCUGCGUGGACAUGGACGAGUGUUCCACCAGUGGAAUGUGCGAAAACGGCAAAUGCGUCAACAUGGAGGGCUCCUUCAAGUGCGUUUGCGACUCCGGCUUCAGGAUCGGUCCCGAUCUGAGCCACUGCAUUGAUAUCGACGAGUGUAUAAGCUCGCCCUGCCAAAAUGGACGUUGCGUCAACACGCCCGGAAGUUUCCAGUGUGAGUGCCAUCCAGGAUUCAACCUGGGCCCCGACGGCAGAUCCUGUUUAGAUACGAGAAGAGAUCUGUGCUAUUCGCAGUACAGAGACGGCCAGUGCUCCAACCCGACGUCCACUGCCGUGACAAAAUCGAGUUGUUGCUGCUGCACGGUGAUCUUGGGCCAGCCGUUGGGCUGGGGCAGCACCUGCCAACCCUGCCCGCUACCGGACACUUCGGAGUUCGAAGCCUUGUGUCCGCACGGAGCCGGAAUGACUUACAAUGGCGACGACAUCAACGAGUGCGCUCAGAAUCCAAAUAUUUGUAUUAACGGCGGAUGCGAGAAUCUUAUGGGAACAUAUCGGUGCAUUUGCGAUAACGGAUACGAAGUGGAUGCGACAGGAAAAAUAUGCAGCGACAUUAACGAGUGCGAAUUGGAGGAUUCCUUGUGUAGCGGUGGCCAGUGUCGAAAUACACCCGGUAGCUUCCAAUGUAUUUGUCCGACGGGAAUGAGAUACAAUACGCAGAAUCAAAUGUGCGAGGACAUAGACGAGUGCGAGGAGUUGGGACCGGACGUGUGCUUCAAUGGCAUCUGCAUUAACACUCCGGGCGCUUACGAGUGUGAAUGCUCUCCGGGAUACAUUCUCGACAACACCGGUCACAUUUGCAUGGACAAUCGAAGAGGCUCCUGCUGGACCAAGAUGAUAGAUGGUCGCUGCGAGAACAAUUUACCGAGACUGGCCCUGCGUUCGGAGUGCUGCUGCUCGGUCGGCGUGGCUUGGGGCAGCCCUUGCGAAAUCUGCGAUCACACCUUCUGUGAGUGUUCGAAGGGCUACGCGAAAGUGGACGGCAAAGGUUGUGCGGAUAUCAAUGAAUGCGAGCUCAACAGCGGAAUCUGCAAGGGCGGCACUUGCGUUAACACCGACGGCUCAUAUCGGUGCGAAUGCCCGCCUGGCCUCACCUUGGACGCGACACACAGCACUUGCAUCGACACCAGACAAGAAACGUGCUACUUGGAUUAUCGCCACAGUCAGUGCAGCAGUCCCAUAGAGGGUCAUUUCUCGAAGAUGCUCUGCUGCUGCUCCGUGGGUCGUGCCUGGGGCACCGAUAAAUGCGAGCUAUGUCCCAAGAUAGGCACGCCGGCUCACGCGGAGCUGUGUCCGCGCGGGGAUGGCUUCACCGAGCGCCAGGAUAUCAACGAGUGCGUCGAGUUUCCGGGUAUGUGCCAGAACGGCAGAUGCAAGAACACGAUCGGCAGCUACAGUUGCAGAUGCAACCAGGGCUACGCACUCGACGAGCACGGUAUCAAGUGCAACGAUAUCGACGAGUGCGAGAUCACGCAUGGAGUGUGCGGUAACGGCACGUGCCGAAACACGCCUGGCAAUUUCCAAUGCGAUUGCAGCCCCGGUUAUCGCAGCAACGACAUCAUGAAGAUUUGCAUGGAUAUAAACGAGUGCGAGGAGACGCCAGGAUUGUGCCGCGGCGGCACGUGCGUCAACACCGAAGGAAGUUUCAACUGUCAAUGUCCGCCGGGACACGAACUGGGCCCUGACAAGCAAUCCUGCAAGGACAUCGACGAGUGCUCGAGGACCAGCGGUAUAUGCUCGAACGGCGUGUGCGAGAACAUGAUGGGUACCUAUCAAUGCAUUUGCGACGAUGGCUAUCAGCAGACGGGCCUCAGAUCGCAUUGCGAGGACAUUAACGAAUGCGCGAUCGGCAAUGGUGGCUGCGAGGAUGUCUGCAUCAACACGCCGGGCAGUUUCUCCUGCUCCUGCCGCACUGGCUACGCCUUGAACUUAGACGGUCGAUCCUGCGUGGACGUAGACGAGUGCAAGGAGAAUCCUCGAAUCUGCAAUGGAGGUAAAUGCAGAAACACAGCGGGCGGCUACGUGUGCAACUGCACGAACGGUUUGUUACCCGGGCGAGACGGUAUAUCCUGCAUAGAUGUAGACGAGUGCGUGACGCAGCCGCGAAUAUGCGGAUUCGGCGAGUGCUACAAUACAAUCGGCUCCUUCAAUUGCCGCUGCGAGGAAGGAUACUCGGUGAAGCCGGCGGAAGGACCAGCGUGCACCGACGACGACGAGUGCCGGUUGAACGCCUAUUCCUGCAGCGAAUUCGCCGAAUGCCAGAACACUCAGGGCUCGUACGUGUGCACUUGUCACGAGGGCUUCACCGGAAAUGGAAUCGAAUGCUGGGAUAUCAACGAGUGCUCCACGAAUAACGGCGGCUGCGACUCUAACGCGCACUGCAUCAACACUGAAGGUUCCUUCAAGUGCGUGUGCGACGCUGGUUUUCGGGGCGACGGUUAUAGCUGCAAGGACAUUGACGAAUGUACGGAGGACAACACGCUCUGCGAGAACGGACACUGCCUGAAUUAUCCAGGAGCUUAUCGAUGCGAGUGCGAGAUGGGUUUCAUGCAUCCGGACGAACACAACGAGCAAGCGUGUGUAGACAUCAACGAAUGCGAGAUGUUCAACAACCUGUGCGUUUUCGGCCGCUGUGAGAACAUUUUCGGCAUGUUUCGCUGCGAAUGCAACGAGGGCUACAAACUUGACAGCUCCGGCGGCAAUUGUACCGACCUGGACGAGUGCGAAAGUCCGCAAUCUUGUCAAUAUGGUACUUGCAUCAACACGCAAGGCAAAUACAUUUGCAGGUGCCCGCCGCAUCACGAGCUAGUGGAAGCCGGAAAUGCUUGCGUCGAUAGACGCGAGUCGCUUUGCUUCACGGGUUACGAGCACGGCACCGGAAGACCGCAAUGCGUCUUCGACAUUGCGUCGUCGGUGACGAAAGCAACGUGUUGCUGUAGCAUUGGUACCGCGUGGGGCAAUCGUUGCGAGGAGUGUCCGCAGGUCGGCACGACGGAAUACGACCAGCUGUGCCCUAGUGGCCCGGGAUAUAGACCGAAUCGCGUGACUGUUAUCCUGGAAGACAUCAACGAAUGCGAGGAACACGAGAAUAUCUGUCAGAAUGGACAUUGCACCAACACGUUCGGGAGCUUCAUGUGCUCCUGCAACGAAGGCUUUAUUCUAGACGACUCUAAGACCAGCUGCAUCGACAUAAACGAAUGCGCGCUGCACCCAAGAAUAUGCGGCGUGGGAUACUGCAUCAAUGACCAAGGAAAAUACCACUGCGAAUGUCCCGAGGGAUACAUGGCAAUGCCCGGAGGAAAGGAGUGUGUUGACAUGAGAAAGGAGUCUUGUUACCUGACUUACGACUCUGGACAAUGCCUGAAUCCCAUGGUACAACCGCAGACCAAAAUGUUAUGUUGCUGUUCCAUGGGUGCAGCAUGGGGCAGCCUUUGCGAAAAAUGUCCUGGUGAAAGAACCCGUGAGCACGAGAUUCUGUGCGGUUUGGUGCCGGGACAAAUCAUGAAUCCGAUCACUAAUCAUUCCGAGGAGAUCGAUGAGUGCGCUCUGAUGCCAACGAUGUGCACUCACGGUCGGUGCAUGAAUACCGUCGGCAGCUUCGAGUGCCAGUGCGAUCGCGGCUUCGUUUACGACCAGGAUUCGCAUCAGUGCAUCGACGAGAACGAGUGUUUACAGAUUCCAAAUCCCUGCGGCGGGAACGCGCAGUGCAUUAAUCAGCAGGGCUACUUCGAAUGCGUGUGUCCAGUCGGCUAUAAACUCGGCCCUAGUCAGCGCGAUUGCGUCGACAUCGACGAGUGUUAUGAGCGACCCGGCAUCUGCAGUAACGGCGCGUGCAAUAAUUUGCAAGGCAGCUUUCAAUGCGUCUGUCAUUCCGGAUUCUCGUUGACCCGUGACAGAGAUAACUGCGUCGACAUCGACGAGUGCCAGCGUAAUCCGAACAUAUGCAACAAUGGCACGUGCAUCAACACUCUAGGCUCGUACAAAUGCCAGUGUUAUCAAGGAUUCAAACUUAGUCCGAAUAAUGAUUGCGCAGAUAUCAAUGAAUGUCGAAUAAUGCCGUUUUUAUGCCGAAACGGCCGAUGUCGGAACACGAUUGGUGGAUUUGUUUGCGAGUGUGCAGACGGUUACGUGUUAGCGCAAGACGGCCAGCACUGCCGCGAUAUUGACGAAUGUCAUGAGAUACCAGGAUUGUGCCCAGUUCCUGGAAAAUGUCAAAAUCUAAUGGGAUCUUAUAUAUGUAGCUGUCCACCAGGAUACGAACUGGAUCAUACGAGAAAAAAAUGUGUCGACGUGGACGAAUGCGUGGAGACGCGAGAUAUUUGUGAAAAUGGACAGUGCAUUAACACGGAAGGCGGUGUAAUCUGCGAGUGUCCGGUCGGAUAUCGGCUAAGCGACCGGCCAAACUCGAUGAGGUGCAUAGACGUGAGGGAAGAGCAAUGCUACGACAACUACAGACGAGGGCAGUGCACCUUUCCACGUGAAGGUGGAAUGACCAAAAAACACUGCUGUUGCACGAUGGGCAAGGCUUGGGGCCGCUAUUGCGAACAAUGUCCGCUGGAAAAUAGCGAUGAGUUCAAGAGGCUGUGCCCAGAAGGGCCGGGGCGGGACGACACGGGAAUCGAUCUGAACGAAUGUCUGUUUAUGCCUGACGCGUGUUCCGGUGGUGAGUGUAUCAAUACAGACGGCUCAUUCCGAUGCGAGUGUCCGACGGGGUACGCGCUGGACGAGACCGGGAGACGGUGUGUGGACAGCAACGAGUGCCUGAGCGUGCAGAAUAUUUGCGGCAACGGCACUUGCCGCAACAUCGACGGCGGCUUCGAGUGCUCGUGCAAUGACGGCUUCGCGCCGGGCGCUAAUCAGGUCUGCGAGGAUGUGAACGAGUGCCUGGAGAUGGGCAGUCAGUGCGCCUUCAGGUGCCACAACGCGCCGGGCUCCUUCCGGUGCAUCUGCCCGUACGGAUACACCCUGGCGCCCGACGGCCGUCAUUGCGUAGACGUCGACGAAUGCGCGACGCCGGCGAACGAUUGCAGAUUCCAGUGCAAGAAUCUGAUCGGCACCUUCAUGUGCAUCUGUCCACCUGGCUAUCAGAAAAUAGGAACGAUAGACGAGUGCAAAGAUAUCAACGAAUGCUCUAUUAAUUCUGGUCUUUGCCAACAUGGUCGUUGCAUUAAUCUGGAAGGAAGUUACGAAUGCCGCUGCUAUGACGGUUUCGAGCAAAGCGCGGACGGAAAAUCGUGCAUCGACCGAAGAGUCGGCUAUUGUUUCCUGCAAACGAUCGGCGGCAGAUGCACCGCGAGAACGUCGGAGCUGCGCACGGUUACCAAGGCGGACUGUUGCUGCACAAUGGGAGCGGCAUGGGGACCACAUUGCGAGAUCUGUCCGUCCAAAGACUCAGACAAUUAUAACGAGCUCUGUCUGGACAAAGGAUUCUCCGUGGACGGACAAGAUAUCGACGAAUGCAAGACCAUCCCCGAUCUCUGCAGGAAUGGUCUGUGCGUCAACACUCUCGGUUCCUACAGAUGCAUCUGCAACAAAGGCUACAAGGCCGACAAGUCUGGUAUUCAAUGUGUCGACAUCAACGAAUGCGAAUUAACGCCGACACCAUGCAAAUACAACUGCCAAAACACCGAGGGCAGUUUCAUUUGCUCAUGUCCAUCGGGCUUCAUCCUAAAUCCCGACGGCGUCAGCUGCCGAGAUUUAGACGAAUGCACAACCGAAAAUCACUUGUGCCAGCAAAAUUGCAUAAACACGCCAGGAAGCUACUCCUGCGGCUGUCAAGAAGGCUAUAUUCAACAAGGCGACGCGUGUCAUGAUAUAAACGAAUGCGAUCAGCCGGGUAUUUGCCCGAGGCCUGGCAAGUGUAUUAACACUCUGGGCAGUUUUCAAUGCAUCUGUCCGAGAGGCUUUAAGCUGGACCACACCGGACGAUUUUGUACAGAUCACAAUGAGUGCGCCGACGAUGCCAAUUGCGAGCAUGGCUGUCAGAAUUUCAUGGGCAGUUAUCGCUGCGGAUGUCCGGACGGCUUUGUUCAACACCUUUAUUAUAAUCAGUGCAUCGACGAAAACGAAUGCAACACGUCGCCGUGCGGCGACAGCACCUGCAUUAACACGAUUGGCAGUUACAAAUGCGGCUGUCCCGAUGGUUAUCAGUUCGAUAAUAAUCUGGCAAUUUGUGUGCAGGUAAACGCCGGAUGUCUCGGAAGUCCUUGCGCCUUCGGAUGCACCCCGAACGGAGUCAACGGAUUUAUUUGCGGCUGCCCUACCGGUUACCAGCGAAUAGGACAGGGCCAUUGCUUGUCCACCAUUAAUCCUUUGACGCCAGGACGUUACGAUGAAGAGAUCGGCAACGUGCCGACCUUCCAAAUCAAUCCUGAUCCUUAUCACAUACCGCCGGCGGACGAUAAGAUAAUUUCAACGGAAGGAUGCUUUUCGUGCAAGAUAAACGGAAACGGACGGCACAGAAGAGGCGCUAGAAACAAAACGAUGAAUGAAGAAAUCAAGACAAGAAGAAGUGAAGUAAUAAAAAGACGCCGAAACGGAACUAAACGGAGGAGACAUCAUCACGGAAUGGAACACGUGCUUAAAAUCAGUCUACGUCAAACGAGGCAUCGCACGCGGAUUAUCAAACUGCAGUCCGCCAUUAAGGGCGAGGACAUGGAUUACACCAUUGCGCGGGGCAACAAUAACGGCCACUUCGAGAUCGUCCGGGAACGCGGCAUUUCCGCUUUGCACUUCCGGCACCGGCUGAAGAAACCCGGCAAGUUUCGCGUAGUGAUCCACGGUCGUCCCAGAAACAUGACGGCAACGAGAACGGAAUGGGAGAAACCGCUGACGUUCACGGUUCAUCUCGUAGUCACGGAAUGAGAAUGGAAGAAGGACCAAGGACAAUCGAAUCACGUGAGAAGACACUGCCCGACACUGCGUUACGCUUUUUUUUUUAGUCAAUUUCGCGAAAUUGUUUUGAGUUACGGUAUAAAGUAUUAAAGAAGACGCCAACGUACGAGAAGGGCGCGAAUGCAGAGCGAACAAUAUUUAAUUUAGAAUUUUUUUAAUAGAGCAAGGAUAUAUAUUAUUAUAUAAAAUGUAGAGAGGCGCUGUCGAGCGUCUCGAAUCUUUGUGUUCACUCGCGCACAAAUUGCAUUAUUUAACUGCCAGAUAAUAAAUAUUUUAUUUACAAGCAACAACGAUUCUUUGUGACUGCCAGCUUGCGAUAACUUUGACUACACCUACACUGCCAAUGUGCCUAUCGAGUGCUUUACACUCUUUCGAUAGUCAACGUUUUAUAUUUACUUGCUUAUCGGCUCGCACGCGCGUCGAAAGAAUUCUGCUAAACAUUUCGUCAAACGUAAUUAGAUACACUUCCGUGUAUUAAAUAAAAUUCAACGAGAAAUCGAAACGCUAAUAAUUUUCACGCGUUCAUCAAGAAAACGCGAACAUAUAAAAACGUGCUUUACUUGCCUAUCAUUAUUAUGUAAGUAUACGAUUAGAUUAGAUCCCAAUUAUCUAAUCAUUAAGAGAGUAACACGCUAGAGAUGUACAAACGCUAGAUUAUUGUAGCUUUAAGCGAGCAAACGCACGUGUACACAAUUACGCAAACGUAGCUUUAUAUAUUUAUAAAUUUUAGUUCGAGACAAAGCGCGCGGCACGAAUGCAGUUUCACGUACAAAAUCAGCAUACAUCUUGCGCUUAAACCUCAAAGAGAAUAUUCAUAUAUUUGAUUAAGUUAUGACGUUUUGUGCCUAUUAGUAAGAAUUUUAAUUAUGUAUAAUAAUAAAAUAUACGUCAAAAUAGUAUAAUUCUGUUAAUAACGUAUAAUUCUAUUAAAAUAAUUCCGAGUAAACCUUUAAAAAAAACCGUUCAGAAGGACGAUGCAAAAUUCUAUCGAUGAAACAAAUAAUUAAAAAAAAAUAUUGCAUUACAUAUUGUCAAUUUCUUUUUUUAUGCGACUCACAAAAUAAAUCUCAUGGAACAUCCCUCGUAUAUAAAGUUCAAAGAUUACCGAGCGCGGAAACGGUAACACCAGUAACUAGAGUAUUGACGCACAGAUUAUGAUUGUAACCGCCUCCCAGUACGUCGAAUAACCGCAGGGGUUCAAUACAGUGCUGGUAAAUGCAACUCGAAUACUGUACAGUCGACCGGAGAUAUAAUACCGGUUGGCAAAUUAUUCUUGACGUUCACGUAGGUUCAACUGUCGGCGUUGAUCAUCGGAACAAUGCUUAUAUAAAUUCAGCUCUUUCGAGCCUAUAUCCUGC